UCACCACCACCAUGCUGUCGAUGAGCUCCCAGAAGACGGCGCAGACCCUCCUGCGGGGCGCCAGGCCUGUCUCACGAUGGGCUACUGGCCCUUCCAUGGCCACACGGUCAAUGGCGACGGUCCAGCAGGACAUCUUCAAGCCCACAAAGUUCGGCGGCAAAUACACCGUUACCCUGAUUCCUGGUGACGGUAUCGGUGCCGAGGUGUCCAAUUCCGUCCGCGAUAUCUUUAAGGCCGACAAUGUGCCGGUCGAGUGGGAGCAGGUCGAUGUGUCUGGUAUGGAGACCGGGUCCAAGCACUCCGAGGAGCUCUUCCGCGAAUCUAUUGCCUCCCUCAAGCGCAACAAGCUGGGUCUGAAGGGUAUCUUGCACACCCCCGUCGAGCGCUCCGGCCACCAGUCCUUCAACGUCGCCCUUCGCCAGGAACUCGACAUCUAUGCCUCCAUCGUUCUUAUCAAGAAUAUCCCCGGCUACGAGACGCGCCACAAGAACAUCGACCUCUGCAUUAUCCGAGAAAACACUGAGGGUGAAUACUCAGGCCUGGAACACCAGUCUGUGAGUGGAGUGGUCGAGUCCCUCAAGAUCAUCACCCGCGCCAAGUCAGAGCGUAUCGCCAAAUUUGCCUUCGCUUUCGCUUUGGCCAAUGCCAGGAAGAAGGUUACCUGCAUUCACAAGGCAAACAUUAUGAAGCUCGCUGAUGGUCUCUUCCGCAACACCUUCAAGAAAGUCGCCGAGGAAUAUCCAACUCUGGAAACCAAUGACAUGAUUGUCGAUAACGCCUCCAUGCAGUGCGUGUCGAGACCGCAGCAGUUCGACGUCAUGGUCAUGCCCAAUCUUUACGGCGGUAUCCUUUCUAACAUUGGUGCUGGUCUGGUCGGUGGACCUGGUAUUGUUCCUGGGUGCAACAUGGGCCGCAACGUCGCCGUUUUCGAACCCGGAUGUCGUCACGUCGGCCUAGACAUCAAGGGCAAGGAUCAAGCCAACCCUACUGCAUUGAUCCUUUCCGCUGCCAUGCUCCUGCGACACAUUGGCCUGGAUGACCAUGCCAACCGAAUUUCGCAAUCCGUCUACAAGGUCAUCGCGGACGGCAAGGUCCGCACUCGAGACAUGGGUGGUAGCUCCACAACUCACGAAUUUACGAGGGCAAUUUUAGACCAGAUGGAAAAGGUAUGAAUUUCUUAGGUGCGCUUUGAAUACUUGGAAGUUGCGGUCUUUGGUCUUUCAAUGGUUUGAUAGGUUGUGUUUGUACAACUACUUCGGCUAGAUGUGGUUAGAGCUGUACUUUUAGUGGUAUAGAGCAUGCAUAAAUGGACCUUCCUAUACCUUAU